AUGGCUCUUCGUAUAUCUUGUUCGCGUGCUGCAAAGCGUGCAAGUGCAAUUACACCCGCCACAUCCGUCUUCUCAUCAUACAGUACGCAAUGGAGGAGAGGUAACGCGACAGUCGCCCCAACGCAAGUCACGCCGGGCUCCAAGGGGCCCACUGCCAUGGUUUUCAUGAAUAUGGGUGGACCUUCCACAACUGAUGAAGUUCAUGGUUUCCUGAGCAUGUUGUUUGCCGACAAAGAUUUGAUUCCUCUUGGACCGCUACAAAAUUACAUUGGACCAUAUAUUGCACGGAGACGAACACCCAAGAUCCAAAAGCAGUAUGCAGAGAUUGGUGGUGGCUCGCCUAUCAGGAAGUGGUCGGAAUAUCAGGCCGCUGAGAUGUGCAAGAUCCUCGACAAGACUUCACCGGAGACCGCGCCCCAUAAGCCAUACGUCGCAUUCCGAUACGCCAAUCCGCUUACAGAGGACACAUACAAACAAUUGAUAGCAGAUGGAUUUGGAGCUGGGAAGGGUGGCCGCGCUGUAGCCUUCACACAGUACCCACAAUACUCGUGCUCUACGACUGGAUCUUCCCUCAACGAACUCUGGAAGUGGCGGACAAGACUGGAAGGCAAGCGCGCAAACGGAGAGACUGGCCAAGAAGUUGAACCAGAGGGUGCUAUCAAGUGGAGUGUCAUCGAUCGCUGGCCCGCACAUCCAGGCUUGGUGGAAGCUUUUGCACAAUUAAUCGAGAAGAAGCUCGCAGAAUACCCAGACGAGCGAAGAGACGGGGUUGUCAUCCUCUUCUCCGCACACAGUCUGCCUAUGACCGUUGUGAACCGUGGUGACCCCUAUCCAUCCGAAGUCGCCGCUACCGUAUACGCUGUCAUGCAACGCCUUGGCAUGAAGUACAAGUACCGCCUUGUGUGGCAAUCACAAGUUGGACCCCAGCCCUGGCUCGGUGCGCAAACUUCAGACACCGUCAAGGAGUAUAUGAAGAAGGGCCAAACGGAUAUGCUGCUGGUGCCGAUAGCAUUCACUAGCGACCACAUUGAGACGCUGUAUGAGUUAGACAAGGAAGUCAUUGGCGAAGACGCCGAGGGCCACGAGGGCGUAAAGCGGGUUGACAGUCUCAACGACAGUCCCGUCUUCAUCGAAGCGCUUGCAGACAUCGCAAAGGCGCAUUUGCAAAGCGGUCAGGCAUGCAGCCCACAAAUGACCCUCAGGUGUCCAAAGUGCACGAGCGAGAGAUGUCUGGCACAGAAGCAGUUUUUUGCUGGGCAGACACAGCACAUUGACCCUCCCAAGGCGUAGGAUGUGUAAAAUUUGAGACGAAUAGGGCUUCCUUGUAGAUAUAUAGCGGUAGAUUUACCGCUUGUAAAAGUAUCAGACAUUUACAAAAAGAGCUAAAUAAUCAUG